AUGGCGGAAAAUUCGAUGAAUUUAAAUUUAACCGGUUCGCAGAAGCGUUCUCGUUCAAAUACGCAGUAUAGUAUUGUAACAUUGGAUCUUUUUAAACCAACGAGUAAAUCAUAUCCCGAAUUUGAUUAUUUCAAAAUUGCUCACAAUUAUUUGGGCCAAGAUGAAUCAAGUGGAGAUGAUGAACGUUUUCAUGAUAAGGAAGCUGAAGAAAUCGUUAGAAGGCUCGAGCAAAAAUAUGGUGGCUCAACUGACAAACGAGGAAGAAAGUUGAAAUUCGGUUCAGCAGAUGAUUAUAUGGAUAAAUCAGCGGGAUAUGAUUUAAGUGAUCCUUUUAUUGAUGACGGUGAAGCAUACGAUGAGCAUGUACCAUCGACUAUGGAUACGGUGAGAGGUGGAUUCUACGUGAAUAGAGGAGAACUGGAUUUUCGAUCUAAAUUUGGACAUGAAUCUAGUGGUGAUGAGGAGGCAUCGUCAUCAUCGUCUCCACGGAAGCCGUUUUUGAGUGAUGAAGAGAUAAAUAAUAAAGAUGUGGCAAUUACAAAUGUUCAGUCUGCUGCAGUGAGCGAAUCUGUGUGUAAUGAUGGAAUACAAAUAGAUGAAGCACGAGUUCGGCUAUCUUCAAGCGGUGCUCCACCAACGAGAGCUGGCACCAACAGUGCUUUCAAAAAUUUAGAUGCGCUUAGGCGGCGUCAUCUUCAAUCUCCUGCAGUAAAAGCAGCUAUGGUUGUCAAACGAAAAUUAAUAUCAACAAAAAAAUCUUCGUCAACUAAUGCAAAUCAGACUGGAGAAUUGGCCAAUUUUUUGAAAGAAAUGAGUGGUGGCACCGAAAUACCUGUAGAUGAGUCAAUGAAAACUGUUGUAAAUCAAGUGUCGAAGGAAAAAUUACAGACAUCGUUGCCAUCAGAUAAUAGCAGCAAAAUAAAAACUACUGUACAAUCUAAGAAUGAAAAGGAAAAAGAAGAAGAAACAGAUGAGAAACGUCAUACAAAACAUGAAGAAUUUGCCUCGGCUAGUAAUGUUGAAAAAUAUUUGCCUGGGCAAAAUGAUUCUGUUAUAAGGCAACCUCUUGGAAGGCCACCCACAUCUGAUUUCUCUAAAACCAAAUCGGUGCCUAUAUUAUCGAAAAAACUUAGCGAUAUGAUCAAUUUAUAUAAACAAGAAACGAAAAAUUUGGGCGCUCCAACAAAGAAAAUUCGUCUCCCUCUCAGUAUAAUUGAUCUUUGUAUUAGAAUCGAAGAUCAGUGUGCAGUUGAAAACUUCAGUAUUCCCCAAAAAAUGCGCAUUUUUGAAUUGUUAUCAAACUGGGAAUUGGAUGCGGUGGUGGAUUCUGUUGCGGCUCAUGAUGUUCAGAAGGUUACAAGUACUCCAAAACCAAAAAAUGAUUCUUAUAAGGAUUCUCAUACACGUAACUUGCUGAAACUGGAGUCUUCAAACUCUGACAUUGCUUUAAUUACACUUGAUGAUGAUUCUAGUCAUGAUAGUUCUUCACCUUCUUCAGCUAAUGUAAACCUGCAGAGCUCGUCGCCUAAGCCGCGCAAGGACUCAGUUUUGUUCGCUGACCAAUUCUCCAGAGUUUCCCAAAAACGUGCUAGCCCAGUAUCUAAAGUGGUAACGAAUGCUACAUUGUUAGCCGAAGUAUCGAAAAAAAUAGUACCAAAAACUGCUGGCCCUAACAAUGCGAGUUUGACUGCACUUUUUUCUACAAUCACGAAACAGACUCAAGGUGACCCACAACUUCAAAAACAGAUCGUUGAAAAUUUUUCAGCUCUUCAGCAAAUAAGUGGAACAUUGAUGUCCUCUAACAAUAAGCCGCCGGAAUUAUUGGCCAAAUACCAAACAACUCUGAAUAAUUUUACUAUGCUUCUUGCAAAGAAUAAUUUGACAACAAGUGCCCAACAAAAUCCCAUCACUGCCAAGCAGCAAGCUGGAAAAAAGAUGCCGAUGGGCGCGGCAAUUGGAAUAAAUAAAGCUCAUAGUACCCCACUCCAAGAUACCGGAAAAGCAAUGCCUACUCAAACGAAAAAAACCGUUCCUUCAAAAACUGGUCCAUCAGUUGGUACUAAUGCAAAUCUUUCGGCACAGUCUACCUUAAAAUCGAUCGUAAAUUUGGCUGCUAGUGGAUCUGUUUCUUCAGUCUGUGAUCUAAAGAAUGGUAAAUCAGUUGGUGAAAAAGCGAAAUAUGCGUUAAAACAAAUAAAUGCUUCAGUUAGUUUGAUUAAUAAAGAAAUUGACAGUGCUAUAACAUUAACUGAUAUAAGCUAUGAUUUUGAUAAAAAGAAAAAUGCUUUAAAAAAUGUGGUAGAAACGCUUUUUUCAAAUUUAGAAGCUCAGAGUGGUCCUUCAACUGUCGUUUAUUCUACUGUUUUGCAAGAACUCUUGAAAGAAAUAAUUUUGCUUUGUCCAAAGCGAAAUCAGCUAGGAUCGCUAUCGGAAUUGCCAUCAUUAAUUGACAAAAAUUUGGCGAAGGAAGAAGUUUCUCCAUUAUCUUCAAAGAUUAUUCGAAGCACAUCUACUUCUAACGUUUCGUCAUUGACCAAAACCACAGCGUCAACACAGUCACAAUCGUCAGCACAGUCUAAAAUUAUCUCAUCAUCAAUGAUCACCACCUCUGCUACUUCAAGCAAACUUUCAACCAAAAAAAAUCAAAUAAUGCAAUCCAAACAACAUUCCUCCACAACGCAUUCUCCGAAAUCGCAUGCAACAUCGAUCUCCGAAACUUUUAUUAGCCAGAAAUCUGUAUUUCCAUCAUCUUCAUCAGUGCAGGGAUGUAAAUCAUCUUUUUCGCCACCAAAAGAAAAACAGCUGUUGAUGAAUUCUAGUGUUAAAAAUACUGCAGAUUAUGAUUUCGUUAAUGAAUCGCAUUCAGUAGCGCAGCAUAAUGCUCUUACUGGUGAACCAACAAUUAAAAAGAUUCGCCCGACAUUAAAUGAGAAUUGUGCCAAAUCUUCUAAUUCAAUUCAAAAAAUAAAUAAAAAACAAUCUGAUCAUCACGCACAACCUAAUUUCAAUCUGAAAUUGCCACUUAAUCGAAAAAUGACGGCGCGCGAAGCUGAAGAACGUGAAAAAUUGCUGGCAGAAAAAGCGAUGAAGGAGAGAACCGAGAAAGAACGUGAGCAGAAAGUAAAGGAAUUACAACGACAAUUUGAGGAAAAAAUGGAACGUGAACAAGCAGAAAAUAGAAGAAGAGAUGAGGAGGCUAUCAGAAAUUGGGAACAGAUGGAAGCCGAGCGAUUGAGAGUAGAAGCUAACGAGGAAGAAUGCCAAAGACAGGAAAUCGAAAUGAUUGAAAAAAAACGCCGAGAAAGAGAAGAAGGAAAAGAAAGAGAGCGUUUAGCGAAGGAAAGAGUUGAACAGCUUGAAAAAGAACGAGAAGAAAUUCGUUCAGAAGAGGAAAAAAUUAUUAAGGAAUGGCACGAAAUAAAAAAAACACAACACUGUCAUGAAGAGUCUGCUGUGGAUCCCCUUCAAAAAAUUGAAGAUGAAAUUUUGGGUGAUCUUUCACCCUUCCCUUUUCAUAACGAAUCAACAAUCGGAUCUUUUAAUGAGCAAAAGAUUCUUCCAUCAUCAUACCAUGAGCAACAAAAUUUCGAAAAUUUUUUCAUCAUAUCAUCUUCUGAUAAUUCAGUUACUCAGGUGGUUUCAUCCAUGCAGUCAGUAAAUUCUCCUGCAUUAGCUUCGUCCUCAUUUUUAACUGCCUCACCUGCUCAAUCCUCAAGUUCGCCGAUGUCAGCGGUGUCUUUAUCACCUGUAAUGCAUAAAUCUGUUGCAUCCCCAGCACAACAAAAUUCACCUUCUUCAUCAGUGAACCAGUCAAACAGGUAUGCGGGUGAAACGUGUUUUCAUCAAUAUACUCCUCCUUCUCCUCAACUCAUAUCAAAUAUUCAGCGUAAUUCUCAUGUUAUACAACAGUCUAAUUCUCAUCCAAUCACUCAAUCUACCACGCAGCACUGGAAUGAAUUAAACUUGUCACAAAAUUCAUCAAAAUCUUCAGUAGCACCUCAAAGUGUGUGGAAUCGACCAUCAACAUCAGUCACCGGUGCCAAUACAAAUAUAAGAUACAGUAGUCAACAGAGUGGGAUUGGACAACAAAUUCAUUCACCUCAAUUUAUGACACGGUUUUCAUCUUCAAACGUGGCUCAACAUGGUACACAUCAACUACAGCAAUACAAUUCACCGGAACUUAGGCAACAUAUUUCAUUUCAACAUCAAUCCAACUCAAACCGCGCUCACAGCGAUUCCUAUUUGCAACAUCGUACGUCUGCAUUUGCACCAGCAAUACACGGUAAUUCGCAGCAAGGAGGAAUGGGCAUCUCACAACCACAACAAAAUCAGCAAAAUCGGAUUCAUGGAAAUCAGCAGCGCUUUAAUCCAUAUCCACAUGAUCCACGUUCUCAUGGAAAUAUGGGAUGGAGAUGA